UAAAUCCAGGAGCGGCUAAACCAUCUCAAGGAGUAUGUCCUUUCCAGCUGCACCUCAGUCUCAUUUUCUGCGGCGCUGGACGGCAAGCAGCUCCCGGGCCGGGGUGUUUCUCAGCGGUUCCCCAGGAGAAGCGGGCUCUGUCAGGGGCAGCUGCAGCUCUCCAGGUGUCAAAAUGUCUUUAGAGGACUCCUUCAGUGACUCGUUUUCCCUUUUACCUGUGUCCCGCAGCAGUCACUGCCUGAGUGUGGACCCCCCCUGUUCUUCAUCGUCCAGCACUGAUGCCUUCUCCGAACCCCCCACUGAAGUGGACAUCAGACACCGUGCUGCGACAAACCCCCAACCGCUCAUUGAUCGGCUCCGAGAAAUGAAGCAGCUGCAGCAGCGCAUGCAAGAGCAACUAAAAGCCCUCAAACAGGAGCAGCUGCAAAAACUGCAGCGUGAGCAGUCAAAGCUAGUGGGAAUGGUGCCGGCUGCCACAGGUAUAAUACACUGCCUCACUUCAAUGUUCAAUUUAAUACACCUCUGA